AUGUACACCACUCUCUCGGGCUCUCCUUGUACUCGUCUUCUGACCACCUUUGGGACCAUUGGCUGUGGCUUUCCAGAGUCUGCAAAGGCUGGUCCGCUCUAUCCGCUCACUUCUCAGAAAGAACUGGAUGAUCUUGCUGCUGCUGCCGUACCUCAUCAAAAGUAUGUCAUGGUCAUGGCGCCGCAGUUCUUCACCAGAUCCGUCCUCGCUGCCCUCAUUGACUCGCGCAUCGUCGCUGGCGUGCUUGUUCUUCACGGCUCGCCGCCGGUCGAUGGCUUUUCGCCCGAGCUCACCUGCCCGCUCGGUCGCAUCUCGGCAAAGCUUUCGGGCGAGAGCGCCGCGCCCGAGUGCGUGGCGUGGAACCCGAGCGGCUCGGGCAUGUCGCACCUGGCGUACAACUUUCCCAUGUUUGCCCUCUCUGCUCAAGAGUCGGCGACGGUGCUGGCGCUGGCGCGCGACAACGCCGUCAACGGGUAUGCUAGCUACCCGCGGCACGCUGCCGAGCCUAGCGCGUUUAUGCAGGGAUCCAAGGACACCGAGACCUGCCUCCGGCGCGGGUACUGCGAUCCGGUCGGCGGCGCCUCGGUGUGGGCGACGACGGCACGAGUGGAUCCAGCGGAUGCACCGGCCCCGAGUGGCCGCUCGCGGCUUGUGCUCCUCACCACCGCCAUGGACGCGACGGCGUUUUUCCACGACUCGGCCCGCGGCGCCGACAACGACGUGUCGGGCCUGGUGGCGCUGCUGAGCGCGGCUGCCACGCUGCACAACGUCUCGGCGCACUAUCCGGGCUCGCUCACGGCCGAGUUUGUGUACGGCGCCUUUACCGCCGAGGCGUGGGGCUACUACGGCUCGCGUACCUGGGCCCGCGACGUGGCACGCCCGUUCUACUGCGACAAGCCCGACGGAGCCGGGUGCGACCGGCCGUUUCAGUUUGACACCAGCUUCACCAAACUGGACGCGGCCACGAUUGCAGGCGUCCUCGACGUGCGGCAAGUCGGCUUUGCCUCGCCGGACGAGCCGCGGCGCGCGUUGUACGCGCACAUCCAGUCAGGCGGCGCUUCUGGCGACGCGUCGGCGGCGCUGCGGACCGAGCUGGAGUCACUGAGCGAGAGUGACGACGCGCCGAUCCUGGUCAGGGCCGGCUCGACGCCCGGCAUUCCGGUCUCGACCUCGUUCCUUCCGCCGUCGUCCAUUCUGGGCCUGGGCGAGGCUCUUCCUCCGGGCACACCCGCAGUGCACUUGACCCAGCACCGGGCCGAGUUUGUCAACCGCUACUACAACUCGAUGUACGACACAGGCGCGGUGAUUGACGAGGCGUACGUGUGCGAGGCGGCAAGCACGCUGGCACGGUCGGCGUUUGCGCUUGCGUCGGACGAUGCUGUUCCGGCGUGGCUCUCCGCCAACUGCACCCUCGUCUCGCAGCUCUUGCACUGCCUCACGGCCGACUUUGACUGCGAGCUUGUGCGCUCGGUCAUUCCCGCCGCCGGCGCAUCCGAGCCGUCGUACUACUCCUCGAUCUUCCGCUUCUCGAUGGUAACGCCGCUGGAGAAGUUUGUGCACGACCUCCUUGCCGCGCUCACCACCUUUCCGUCUGCCGACGAUGCCGAGCGCCUGCUUCCGCACGCCUACUACCAUCCAGCAUUCUCGCCAGGCCUCGCCUUUGACUAUAGCGACCUUGUGUGGAAGGUGACUGACUCGUCCGAGGCCAACUACGUCGAGUCGACCUGGAUGGUCACCAACUUCCGCCUCUACAAGCAGGACUCGCCCGUUGUCGAGGGUCUUGUCCUCGCCCUCGGCCUAGUUAUCACCAGCGUCGCCUUUGGCAUCGUCUACUCCUUCCGGCGGCUGUUUUUGGAUGCGUAAGCCAAGAAUCGCUCCACAGUGUAAACACCCCGCCGCCCGCC